CCAGGGUAGCUACUGAGCUCUCACUUGGUUACAUUGUAGCGCUGGCUGGCUCCACGUUCGGCUCUGCUUGGUUGUUUAGGGGGGAGCUCAGGAGCAGCACACGUCCGGCGAUCGGAGAGAAGAGUACAGCAAGCCAGGGAUGGAUCAUUAUGACCAGAACAAUGACUAUAUGCAGCCGGAGGAUGAUUGGGACAGGGAUCUCCUCCUGGAUCCAGCCUGGGAAAAGCAGCAGAGGAAGACCUUCACAGCAUGGUGUAACUCACAUCUCCGGAAAGCUGGGACACAGAUUGAGAACAUAGAUGAGGAUUUCAGAGAUGGCCUUAAACUUAUGUUACUACUUGAAGUCAUUUCAGGCGAACGCUUGGCUAAACCUGAACGUGGAAAAAUGCGAGUGCACAAAAUCUCCAAUGUCAACAAAGCUCUGAAUUUUAUUACCGGUAAAGGGGUAAAACUGGUCUCCAUUGGUGCUGAAGAAAUUGUGGACGGGAAUGCUAAAAUGACGCUAGGAAUGAUCUGGACAAUUAUCCUUCGCUUUGCUAUUCAAGACAUUUCUGUUGAAGAAACCUCUGCCAAAGAAGGGCUGCUGUUGUGGUGUCAAAGAAAGACUGCACCGUACAAGAAUGUAAAUAUACAGAACUUCCACAUCAGCUGGAAAGAUGGUCUUGGAUUCUGCGCCCUUAUUCAUAGACACCGCCCAGAGCUCAUUGACUAUGGCAAAUUACGGAAGGAUGACCCUUACACAAAUCUGAACACUGCCUUCGAUGUCGCUGAGAGGUUCCUUGAUAUUCCCAAGAUGUUGGAUGCUGAAGACAUUGUUGGGACUGCUCGCCCUGAUGAGAAGGCCAUCAUGACCUACGUUUCUAGCUUCUAUCACGCCUUUUCAGGAGCCCAGAAGGCUGAAACUGCAGCCAAUCGGAUCUGCAAAGUCCUAGCCGUCAAUCAGGAGAAUGAGCAGCUUAUGGAAGACUAUGAGAAGCUUGCAAGUGAUUUGUUAGAAUGGAUCCGACGGACAAUCCCAUGGUUGGAGAACCGCUCCCCUGAAAACACCAUGCAGGCCAUGCAGCAGAAGCUGGAGGAUUUCAGAGAUUAUAGGCGUCAACAUAAACCUCCAAAAGUCCAAGAGAAGUGUCAGCUAGAGAUCAACUUCAACACCCUUCAGACUAAACUGAGACUCAGCAACCGGCCAGCAUUCAUGCCAUCUGAAGGGAAAAUGGUCUCGGAUAUAAACAAUGCAUGGGGAGGUUUGGAACAAGCAGAGAAGGGCUAUGAGGAGUGGCUGCUGAAUGAGAUCCGGAGGUUGGAAAGACUAGACCACUUGGCUGAAAAGUUUCGUCAGAAAGCUUCUAUUCAUGAAGCCUGGACUGAUGGAAAAGAAAACAUGCUGCAGAAGAAAGACUAUGAAACGGCAAGCCUGUCGGAGAUCAAGGCUUUGCUGAAGAAACACGAGGCCUUUGAAAGUGAUUUGGCUGCUCAUCAGGACCGGGUAGAACAAAUUGCAGCCAUUGCCCAGGAACUUAACGAGCUGGAUUACUAUGAUUCUCCGAGCGUGAAUGCCAGGUGCCAAAAAAUCUGUGACCAGUGGGAUAACCUUGGCGUUCUCACCCAGAAACGCAGAGAGGCUUUGGAGAAAACAGAAAAAUUGCUGGAAACAAUUGAUCAGCUUUAUCUAGAAUAUGCCAAGAGAGCUGCACCAUUCAACAACUGGAUGGAAGGCGCCAUGGAGGAUCUGCAGGACACUUUCAUCGUUCAUACCAUUGAGGAGAUCCAGGGACUGAGCACAGCACAUGAACAAUUCAAAGCAACAUUGCCAGAGGCUGACAAGGAGAGACAAGCAAUUCUCGGAAUCCAUAAUGAGGUCUCAAAGAUUGCUCAGACCUACCAUGUCAACAUGUCUGGAACCAACCCCUACUCCACUAUCUCACCUCUAGAUAUCAACAAUAAGUGGGACCACGUCAGACAGCUGGUGCCCCGCAGAGAUCAGGCCUUGAUGGAGGAACAUGCACGACAGCAGCAGAAUGAAAGGCUGAGGAAGCAGUUUGGAGCACAAGCCAAUGUCAUCGGACCAUGGAUACAAACAAAGAUGCAGGAGAUUGGCCGCAUCUCUAUAGAAAUGCAUGGAACUCUAGAAGACCAACUGACCCAUCUGCGGCAAUAUGAGAAGAGCAUUGUGAACUACAAACCAAAGAUUGACCAGCUAGAGAGUGAUCAUCAACAGAUUCAGGAAGCACUUAUAUUUGACAACAAGCACACCAACUAUACCAUGGAGCACAUCCGUGUGGGAUGGGAGCAGCUUCUUACCACUAUCGCCAGAACUAUCAAUGAGGUAGAAAACCAGGUCCUGACACGAGAUGCCAAAGGUAUCAGCCAAGAACAGAUGAAUGAGUUCAGGAAUUCCUUCAACCACUUUGACAGGGAUCACAACGGCACACUUGGCCCAGAGGAAUUUAAGGCUUGCCUCAUCAGCUUGGGUUACGAUAUUGGCAACGACCCUCAGGUCCUCCUGCAGAAGAAGACCGGUAUGCUGGACGGUGAGGAUUUCCGAGCCUGCCUUAUCUCCAUGGGUUACAAUAUGGGUGAAGCAGAAUUUGUCCGCAUUAUGAGUAUUGUAGAUCCUAACAGACUAGGAGUGGUAACAUUUCAAGCCUUCAUCGACUUCAUGUCUCGGGAAACUGCAGAUACAGACACAGCAGACCAAGUUAUGUCGUCUUUUAAGGUCCUGGCUGGUGAUAAGAAUUACAUCACUGCAGAUGAGCUGCGUCGUGAGCUUCCUCCUGAUCAAGCAGAGUAUUGCAUUGCCAGAAUGGCACCGUACAUCGGGCAGGACGCAGUCCCAGGGGCUCUGGACUAUAUGUCUUUCUCAACAGCGCUGUACGGUGAAAGUGACCUUUAACCCACCAUUGCUCACCUCUAUGUCACUGCAGCGCUGAUUGUCCACCGCUCCUGUAUGCAAUGUGGUUUCAGCUUUCACGCCUUUUUCGUGUCUCCAUAGCUCACAAAAUGAAAAACAAAAAAUCACUCUCUUGCUCCUGCAGUGCUCAGAACUUUUUGUCUUUCUGGCAUUACAGGACAUGUUAAUACCUGUUUAUCCUUACAGUAACAGUUUACAAAUCAAAUUUUUACUAAAGACCUUUAAA